AUGAUGAACUCUGAGUUGUUGGAUAAAAAUUUUGGAGUUUGUUUUCCUGAGGAGUUAGACGGCGCAUUAGAUACGCAACAAGGCUCCGCAAAUUGCUGCAAAUUCAAUCGUUGGGGUUCGUUAAUUGCCGUUGGAAGUAUUGAUGGUCGCGUGUACAUUUUUGAUCUCAUAACCAAAGGAGUCGUUAAAAGUUGGGUGUGUCAUGGUUAUUCUAUUACAUCAUUAAGUUGGUCACGUGAUGGGCGUAAAUUAUUAACGGCAAGCAACGAUUGGUCUGUCGCAGUUUGGGAUGUUCUGGAAGGAUCUCGAAUUGAAAGACAAAUUUAUGGUUCCCCUGUUCUUUGUGCAAUGUUCAAUCCACGCAAAGAUAAACACAUAUUGAUUAUUUACUUGGGUGCUAAUCCAGUGCUUCUAGAUUUGGAAGCGAAACUGCAGACAGAGAUAAAGUUUCCUGAGGAAAUCGACGAUCAGCCUGGAGAAAUUACCGUGGGAACAUUUGAUCGUAGAGGAAAAUACAUCGUUACCGGUAGUAGUAAAGGUCGCAUUGCUUUUUACGAUGCCCAAACAUUAGAACUGAUCACGUUUGUAAAGCAGAAUGCUACGCAUCAGAUUAAAAAUAUAUUGCUAACACGUCGUGGUGAUUUCUUAUUAACAAAUUCUCAGGAUCGUAUCAUUAGGACUUACAAGCUCGAUGUUUUGCUGAAAAAACACCACGGAACUAUUGUUGAACCAUUGCAAAAGCUUUUAGAUAUAAUCAAUAAAUAUAUGUUAGAUUUGUAUCAACUAAAUGAUAUAGAUUUUGCAAAUGAAUUUAGAAUUCUUAAAUUCGUAUUUUCAAUGUUACCUCAGUGUAUUUUCAUGCUUCGUGGAAAGCAAUAUGCGUAUCAAACGAUGGUGAUUAUAUCUGUGGAGCCAGUACCAAGGCGCAUUCGCUGUACAUUUGGGAAAGGAAUUCUGGAAGGUGAAACUUUACAUGACGUUCAGUGGCAUCCGACACGUCCGAUCAUACUUUCGAUAGCCAAUGGUCUUGUUUCUGUUUGGACUCAGGCUCAUGUUGAAAAUUGGAGCGCCUUUGCACCUGAAUUCACUGAACUGGAAGAAAAUGUGAAAUACAUCGAAAAAGAGUCAGAAUUUGAUUUGGAGGACGAAGAUGCGGAUGAACCAACUCCACAAACUUCUAAAGAAGAGGACGACGAAAUUGUUGACGUUGUAACUCUUAAACCAAACGCUGUGUACUGUAGCUCGGAUGAAGAUGAUGAUGGUAGCAUGUAUGUCACUGAUUUGACUGCUAAACGUGGCCCGCUUUGGUUUCUGCCAAUUGCACCCGAAAUCGAAAAUCCGGAAGAAAAUCCUGCACUAUUAUUGACAGGUAGUCGAAAAAGACCCACGACUUAUACUACAUCUAGCGUUAUUUCGAUGCGCAAUAUGACCAAACAACGAAGAGUAAAAUAA